UCUACUUUCUACUUCCUACCAACUCUCCCUUUCUCUUUCUCUUUUUAGUUUGCUUUUCUAGUUUUCAUCGCUGGGUAUGUUUUUUUGUUUUUCCUUUUUUACAAAGGAAUGUUCAACACAGUGUUUAUAUUUAUUGGGUAUAAGGUUUUGUAUGAUGCUGAUGGUGCUGCUCAACCCCUGCAUUUGAUUGAACCCAUUCAUCUAUGGCUCCAUCCUGGCAAAAGUGUUCGCAGGCUUGUGAUAAAAAUUUACUGCUUUGAAGCUCUCCUCAAUAUGCAAAGCAUCAGAAGUGCCAUCUUGAGGCAUGUGAGCACGAGGAAGUCAACUGGAGAAUGGGGCUUUUUCACUAGCGGAGGAAACAUGUUCAAGCUACUCAGACACCAGAUAUGUACAUCAACAGGUGCUAGCAAUGCUCAAAUAAUGGAUCGAGUGAUUGGAUUGGUUAAGAAGUAUGAUAAAAUCGAUGCCAGUAAGGUAACUGAAACAGCUGAUUUUCGAAAAGAUUUGUGCCUGGAUAGCUUAGAUAGGGUUGAACUUGUUAUGGCAUUCGAGGAAGAAUUCUCCAUUGAAAUCCCAGAUGAGAAAGCAGAUAAGCUUACUUGCUGUGCUGAUGUUGCAAAAUACGUAGUUUCUAGAUCAGGGUCAGACAUUACAAAGUCCUGACUGUUUUGGAUGCUUUCAGGUCCCUCUUGAAGAAUGUAUUUGUCAUUAUGAAGUAUGUGUGUGAAUUUGUAUGUCAGUUGACCUUGAGGUUGCUUUAUGGUUGCCAAAUAU